AGAAGAUCCCAAGGACACAAGACAAGUCCUGUGACCGCUGUUCCUUCCAAGCAUGGAUGAUCUAAAAAUAAGGCUUCAAAGGAACUCAAGAAUAUCCAACACUUCGCUCUUUCUGGCCCUACUGGUAUCAAGAUUCCCUGGCAAGAUUAUUCUCUGCUACCCUUUCUUACACUCUAAGCAGUGCCUGAGACUCUGUGAAUCCUUAAAGCUCUGCGGGAAACCACGAACGAACAGAACAACUCCCAUGGCCCCCUCAUUUUCACCCACAAAAAAACCUAACUUUUCUCUGACCGGGAGUCCUCCAGCUCCUCUUACACCCGACAGGCGGGGAGAUUCGAGAUAGUACAGUUCUUCACAGCCCAGAGAAACUUCCUACCCCCACACGAUCUAUGCUACAGCCAGAUCACACUACCAGAUUACAGUUCCUGUACCAUUGUGUCUCCUUCCAGUAUAAUGCUGCAAUAAAACACUGAUAUCACACUGUUGCUUA